AUGGCUAAGUAUCGUAAUAUAUCUGACAAUAAUUUUAUUUUAUCAACAAAUAUUCCUAGUAAAUCUAGUUCUACGCCGUUAUUACCGGAUACUCCAGUGGAUGUGAGUAAGACAGUGUUACGUAGUGGUGAGGCUUCCAAUUUAUCAACGACAGAUCUACCUAGUGCAUCUAGUUCUGCGACGUUAUUACCGGAUACUGCAGUAGAUGUGAAUGAGACAGUCUUGUAUGAUGAUGGUAGUCCGAGUUCAACAAAAAAAUAUCUUCCUAGCACAUCAAAGAAAGAUGAUGAUGAUAAUGAUGCUGAUGAUAAUAAUUAUAAUGACGAGAGCAGUGACGAUGAUGACGACUAUGGAGAUGCAUCACCUUUUUGCGACACAUUAUCGAGUGAAAAUAAUUAA